AACCAAACACACCCCUGUGCAGCCGAGCCGUUUCCCACUUUCCACGAGCCCACCAGCCCCCCACCCGACCCCGGAAGAUGCUACCGCGCCUGCCGGUCCGCCUCGCCGGCGCGGGCGCCGCGGUCCUCCCGCGCGUCCUUCGCGGCCUCUGCACCACCGCUGCACCAUCCAAGCCCCCGCUGGAACCGCUCUCCCCGUCCGACCUCGACACCAUCUCCGCGCUCCUCCCGCGCCUCCUCUCCGCAGGCCACGUCCCCGCCGCCGGCCGCCUCCUCUCCGCCGCGAUCCUCCUCCCGGACACCCUGGAGCGCCUCCCUCUCCCCUCCCUCGCCGCCCACCUCGCCUCCCUCCCGACCCUCUCCCCGGCCUUCGCGCUCCUCACCGCGCUCCGCCACCACCCGGCCCGCCCCUCGCCGCUCCCGCUCGCCGCGCCGCUGCUGGACCGCCUCCUCUCCCUCCGCCGCGCCCGUGACGCUGCGUCCGUGUUGCGCUGGCUCUGCCGCCCGGACUCCCCGCGGCGGCCCGACGCCGCCACCUACGCCGCCGCCGUUGCGGGGUUCUGCCGCCUCGAGGACCCCAAGGGAGCGCUCACCGCACUCCGGGAGAUGGCUGCGGACGGGGUCCAGACGUCGCGGGAGCUGCGUGAUGCAGUGCGGGACGUUAUGCUGCAGGACGCGAGGAUUGAGGAAGCGUGGGCGCUGGAGGAGGCGAUGCGGCGGCCGGAGAACGGCAAGGUGGUGGAGCUGAUUGACAACCUUCUUGAGGAGUGGGAACCCUGAGCCAUUCGGAGGAAGAAGAACGAAGUUUGGUGCUUCCCUGCGAUGAUUGCAAUGUUUGCGUAGUUGCAGGUCUGAUGAGCUCCAAGAGGAUUGCUGGUUUGCACAACUUAUGUUGACUUGAGCCUCUUCAGAACAGAAGGACAAAUUCUGCCUAAGAUGGCAGUGUUUGUUUUUGUAGAAUUCAGAUUUAUUGAUACUAGCUGGCACACUAUUGAGUGUAUUUACAAUAGGUACUUAAGUAGAUUUAGAAAUGCUGGAAUCUUGUUUUGAAGUAUGGUUUGCGUUCUGAGUGGAGCUGGUAUUGAUACAAAUUCACCUCACAAACCUGCUUCUGUGAUGAAAAUUAACCCAUUAAGUGUUGCUUGUUUUCAUAUAUGGAUGAUACUAUGGAA